AUGACCACAACUUGUGUUUGUCCCCAAGGGCAAAAACGAGUUAAUAUGGAGGAUAGCAGGGAAUGCACACACUGUAAGAACUAUCUUUCUUUGAACAACUUAAGGAUCAAGGGGAAUGGUCAACGAACCAAACAGUGCAUCAGGUGCUUGAAUAUAGCCAUUGCGUCACAGAAACGAACAAAGUGCCCUCAUCAAAAGCGGAGGUCCGAAUGUAAAGAGUGCAAGGGAAGUCAGAUUUGCCCCUAUGAAAGGCAGAGGAAGCAGUGUAAAGAGUGCAAGGGAAGUCAGAUUUGCCCCCAUAAGAAAUUAAGGUAUCGCUGCAAGGAAUGUAAGGGAAGUCAAAUAUGCCCCCAUCAAAGGCGGAGAUCAAUAUGCGGGGACUACGGGGGUGGAAGCAUCUGCAGGCAUCAAAGGGUAAGAUCAAUAUGCAGGAACUGUGGAGGCGCAGGCAUAUGCCAUCAUCAAAAACAAAGGAGGCAUUGCUCCAUUUACGAUCCUUCAGGGCAUCUGGCCUGUGCCGUAGGCAGCCGAAUCCACAAUGCCCUGAAGGGAAACAAGGAGCUCAGCUCCCAGGAGUAUCUGGGGUGCGAUAUCGCUACCCUACAAUCCCAUAUUGAAGCUUAA